CGACGCAGCUCUUGCUCUAUUUGGGCGUGCUAACCAAUGAGAACGCGGCUUGACGUCGGUGCUAUGCUCGGCAGCCCCGCUGGCUGAUCUACGAUCCCUCCACUCCUUCCUCGUCCUUGAACCACUGAUUGUUGGGCGUGACUGUCCCUCUUGCAGUUUCUCUCUUCUCUCCUCUUCCCAAAUCUCCUGAGCAGGACAUCAACCCUCCGUCAUACAAAUUCCCGCAGUCUGCAAAACCCUACCCCGCGUCACGCAACUUAAUUCUCAGAACAACCAGAAACAACAAUCAAAAUGGGUGUCUUCGAUGAGCUCAACCUUCCCGCUGGCGUCCUCUACGGUGAUGACGUCCUGAAGCUUUUCCAGUACGCUCGCGAGAAGCAGUUUGCCAUUCCUGCCUGCAACGUCACCUCCUCUAGCACUGCCGUCGCUGCCCUCGAGGCUGCUCGCGACCAGAAGGCUCCCAUCAUCCUCCAGACUUCCCAGGGUGGUGCUGCCUUCUUCGCCGGCAAGGGCAUCAAGGACUCUGCUGAGAAGCGCGAGGCUUCCGUCGCCGGUGCCAUUGCCGCCGCUCACUACAUCCGUUCCAUUGCCCCUGUCUACGGCAUCCCCGUCGUUCUUCACACCGACCACUGUGCCAAGAAGCUUCUCCCUUGGCUCGAUGGCAUGCUCGCGGAAGACGAGAAGUUCUUCAAGGCCAACGGCGUGCCCCUCUUCUCCUCCCACAUGAUCGAUCUCUCUGAGGAGACCGUUGAGGAGAACAUCGAGACCUGCGUCAAGUACCUUAAGCGCAUGGCGCCCAUGAAGCAGUGGCUCGAGAUGGAGAUCGGUAUCACCGGUGGCGAGGAGGACGGUGUUGACAACUCCGAAGUUGACAACGCUUCUCUCUACACUCAGCCCGAGGACAUCUGGCAGAUCGAGCAGGCUUUCCGCCCCAUCUCCCCCUAUUUCUCCAUUGCCGCUGGCUUCGGCAACGUCCACGGUGUCUACGCUCCUGGCAACGUCAAGCUCCACCCCGAGCUCCUUGGCAAGCACCAGGCUUACGUCUCCAAGCAGCUCGGUGGCGAGGACAAGAAGCCUGUCUUCUUCGUUUUCCACGGUGGUUCCGGCUCGUCCAAGGAGGAGUACCGCGAGGCCAUCUCUCACGGUGUCGUCAAGGUCAACGUCGACACUGAUCUCCAGUGGGGCUACCUGACCGGUAUUCGUGACUACAUCCUCAACAACAUCGACUACCUCAGGACCCAGGUCGGCAACCCCGAGGGCCCCAACAAGCCCAACAAGAAGAAGUACGACCCCCGCGUCUGGAUUCGCGAGGGUGAGAAGACCAUGAAGGCCCGCGUCGAGGAGGCCCUCAAGGACUUCAACGCUUCCGGCACUCUCUAAAUGGGGAGGUCAAUGGGUAGCAAAAAUGGAAUGAUUUGAUGAGUACACUGCUUGGUUCCGUUCGUGUUUAUAGUGGUUGCCGGCCAUUGAGACUGGUUCCAUGGCGCGUCGGCUUUGCCGAUGCUUGGACGUAUACUAGCAGGUUGGUUCACGGUGUUCCGGGUGGUUUUAGUUGCCGGCUAUGCUUCGAGUCAGAUCGGUGAUCAGUCUCGUUAGGUUAUUCAACGCCUUGAUGUAUGCUAGCCGGUUGGGUUUGGGGUGAUACCAAAAAGUAGUACAUACCCAAUUUGAAAGUUGCCUUCGGGUUUCUCCAAGUCCGUA